CGAGAUCUAAAAAAGAUUUGUUUAGAAUCUUAAUUAAUGUACUUGAAACAGUAUGCAUAAAGCAAAAGCCAGCGGGAUCGUAACCUGUGGUGCAAACGCCCUACGUCAAGGCGAAAAACGACACGCUGCCUACGUCAUCACUGGUUCUUUGGCAUGGUGGGGGACUUCAGAUUUGAUUCUGUGUUAAAGCACAGUUGGUUCUUUCGUAGAAUAAUCAACGGUAGAAUGUAGAAUUCACACACAAAGUACGUAGAAUAGAGAAUAGAGUUUGGUCACGAUCGAGCAAUGAUUCUAAAUUUCUAACCUCAAUCUUUACUGACCUACUUCUUCAAUGUAAAUAAACAAAAACUACAAACUACUAAUGAAAAUAGACAAUAUGAAUAUGGCAAGUUUGAGAAAGUUUAUAGAUAUUGGAGCAAAUCUUACCGAUCCUAUGUAUCAGGGAAUUUAUAAUGGCUCGAAAAAACACGAAUCAGAUUUGAGUAGCGUUUUGAAGAGAAGUUGGGAUUCCGGGCUGGUAAAACUGAUUAUAACUGGAGGAAAUUUUGAGGAGAGCAAAAAGGCCAUCGAAUUAGCAAAUACAGAUGAUAAACUAUAUGCUACUGUUGGGUGCCAUCCAACAAGAUGCUCAGAGUUUGAACAAGACGGAAAUAAUCCUGACGAGUAUUUGAAUAAUUUAGGAAAUCUAGUGAAAGAAAAUGCAAGCAAAGUUGUCGCUCUUGGCGAAUGUGGCUUGGACUAUGACCGAUUACAGUUUUGUACUAAGGAAUUACAAAAAAAAUACUUUGAACUACAACUGAAACUAAACGAAUCUUUAAAUUUGCCAUUAUUUUUGCACUGUCGUAAUUCAGCUGAUGAUCUUUACGAUAUAUUAUCCAAGUACAAAUUUCAAGGGGUAGUUCAUUCCUUUGAUGGGACAAUUGAAGAAGCUCGAAAAUUUCUUGAUUUGGGAUAUUAUAUUGGUCUUAAUGGCUGUUCACUAAAAACUCAAGACAAUUUGGACACAGUGAAAGAACUCCCAAGUGACAAGUUAUUAAUUGAGACGGAUUGUCCCUGGUGUGACAUUAGACCAACUCAUGCUGGCUUUAAGUUUAUUUCCAAAGAAAAUAAAAGUUUUCCAUCUGUCAAAAAAGAAAAGUGGAAGGCUAACCAUCUGGUGAAGAGCCGCAAUGAACCAUUAAAUAUAAGGCAAGUUGCAGACAUUAUAGCAGCUGUUAAGAAUGAACCAGUUGAGGAAUUAUGUGAUCGCAUUUUUGAAAACACCAAAAAGUUAUUUUUCAACAAAAACUAAAACAAAGUGUAAUAAAAAAGUUUAAUUCAACAACAUAAUGUAUUACUUUCAAUAACAAUAUGCAUGCGUUCCUAAAAUAAACGGAAAUAAAUUAUUAUUUUCUUACAGUAAAAAAAUGCAGUUUAAUUUCACACAAUAUCCAAGAAUAAUCCGAAUAAAACACUGUAUAUUCAUAUUAUAAAUAGAAAUAAUAGAAAACAGAAUAAAGAAAUUAGAAAAAACCUAAAAAAUUAACCAACAAGUUAUUUGAUGCUAGUCUGAACUUUUUGGUACACCCAAUGGUAGUAUUCGAUGGCUUUCUCUGAAGUUGUGUUGUAAGCUCCUACAACUACUCGUUGAAUGUUUUCAGGUGACAGUUGACCU